AAAUUCUUCCCAGUAAAGAGUCACAUGAUGAAUUAUGCCUUAAUAUUUGGCGCCAACUUGAAUCGGAAUCCAACGAGGGAAACAAUGCUUCAUCACAUUCUGUUGCUUCAAAUCAUGUUGAAUCUUUAUCUGCCUUUAUAAAUGGUUACAAAAACUUACAAUGUUUUUCUCUGCAAGCUUUGAAACAGUUUCCUUGUGAAUACACUAGUAAUGAAGAAGGGGUUGACCAUACAACCUGUUGUCAUGUUUUUGUCACUGGCAGUUUGUAUAUGGUCGGUCGAAUAAUGAAGGAAAUAAAUGAACCUGUUUAAAGGAUACAAUGAACCUGUUUAAAUUUCGAUUCUGUUGAUCCUCCGUCUGUAAAAUAAUGAUUGAGGGAAUUAUGCAACAUCAUUUGAUGAAGUAAAGAUCUUUUGUGUCGGUUACUACUUGGAUGGUUUCAAAACACGCUAUCUGUAAACUUUAAAUGGGUUUACGUUGAAUACUGUCAAAAUACAAGCCUCCAGUUUCAAACAAUCAACCUAUAACGCCUCAUCUACACGGUUGAAGCAAACAUAUGCAUCCGAAAGGGGUAUAUUCAGCUUCUCUCUUUACUUUAAUCCGUAGCCGGACCACACAAUAGUAUAGCCUUUUGUGAUGAACUCUUAAUUGUAUUCUUGUUCCUGUCUUAUUCCCUAUCAUCCAUUCAUCCUACUUAAUUUAUACGAUCUUCUUGUCAUUGUAGUUUCUCAUAUGAUUCUCUUAUCACCUAACUUUAUUGUUGUCUCGUUUACUCCAACAUAACAUUACUUACUAUGUUCACGUAACUUUAUUUUUCCAGAUUUAUUAUAAUUUUAUAUUCGAACGUGAGUUUUCUAGACAAUUUUUAGAUUACUUAAUGAAUGACUUAUUCUAAAUGUAACUAAAUUGUAACCGACUAAAAAGAUCUUUAUCCUGCUACGUUUAAUCCACUUACAAGCAAAUAAAUCUGUCAUGAAUUUGUAACUGUUGAGUCUAAAAAUCAGAUUAUCGACAAUCAUUGUUUUUCGAAGUACUCUUUAUGUUUAUUGCCUGCUACUUCCUAACCAUGCUACCUCGUUAAAUACAAUAGUUUUAAGUUCUA